CGUCACUCUCGACUACAUCUGCAGGUGUAAUAGCACCCACUAUUUGGGGGUUACUUAUUAGGCCCGCGUAGGGAAUGAUGGCCCAAUCUCCCUCUUCCAUCUAUGGAAAAAUCAUGUGCCCCAACAGUGGGAACAUUAAAAGGUUGCUGGUGAUAAUUCAAAGUAAGUGUUAUUAGAAAAAAAUAUUGGGUGGAGAAUCUCCAUCUUAUAAAAGACCCCGAUGAAAAACUUUACCUUUUGGUGAAAUUGUAUUUCUUUUGGUGUGUAAGGAUUGCGAAACACUGUAGAGUAAGGGAAGACUAAAUCCAUUCCAGCCAGUUCUGUAUGGCUGAAGCAACACAUUAUUUUACUACAUGAGCUUUCUUUGCCAGGUAUUAUGUACAGUUUACAAUCUUAAGACUAGAGACAGUCUAGUCUUAAGAUUGUAAAUUGUACGAACAGCCCACUUUUGCAGCACAAAAACAGUUUGAAUGUCGGCAGCAGUUCCCCGUUCUUUAAGAGAAAAAUUUAAAGAAAUCGAUAUAAUGACUGUUGUUUCUCAGUACAUUUAUGAAAAUUUAAUGUAUGUUUGAAAAAUAUUACAUUAUUUCCUAUAAAUAGUGAUAAGCACACGCUUAAUACUAGAAAUAAAAAUAAAUUAACUGUACCAAUUACAAGGCUCCACAACAACAAUAAUUCAUUUAAAGGUCUUUGUUUUCGCUUCUAUUCUACAAUAUAGUCCCUAGUAAUAUCCAGAAAUUAAGCAUCAAUAAAUUUAAAGCUACUAUUAUAAGACUUUUUAUUAAUAAAGCCUACUAUAAGGUGUCCGAUUAUAUUUCAGCCAAAAAUGCUUGGCUUGGGUUUAAACUGUUCCAGUUGUUCCGGCAGGUUUUUUCUAUAAUUAUGAUGAAGAUGAUAUGAUUUUGUAUUGACACCGUAACAAUAUAAUAUUUUGGUAAUAGGGUUACGUAAUUAUUUAACGCUGUGAAGUGUAUUUCGCCAGUUUUUCUCCACAGUUAAGAAAAUGUCCUUAACUGGUGGUAAAAAAAAUAUGGACGAUUCAAAAGAGUUUUAUUAUUCAUCCAAUUUGAAUAAAGAUUUGUUGACUUUGACUUUUAAUUCAAUAUCAAAUUCGGCUUUAUAACAAUAUCUUUAUUCAUGAACUUCGAUACUUAUAUAUAUCAUAACUUAAUAUCAAGUAAAUUCAAUGACGAAUUAUUUAAUAUUGGAAUCAUAAUCAAGAUUUAUUCAAUUUGACAAGUCUUAUUUAAUAUUUUUAUUUUGAAGUUAAAUCAUUUUACACAAUGUUCCUCUAAUAGCUUGAUUACUUAUUCAUCAUCAUCAGGUCGCAUUAGUCCACUGCUGGACAUAGGCCUCCCCAUAGCACGCCAUUGAUUUCUCCUCAUUCAAUCAUUACCUGCUGCUUUUCGGAUGUCGUCACUCCAUCUAGUCUCAGGACGGCCCACACUACGUUUGCCGAUUGGCGGUCUCCACUCCAGGACUCGUCUGCCCAUAAAUGACCAGCUUCUUCAGCUUGCUUACCCGUUGAGCUAUGUCUGUAACUUUAGGCCGUAUACAGAAAGAAAGCUGGAAUCCGACCAGCGCUUAUCAGCGCUUGUCGGCGCUAGUCGGCUACCGGUCGGGUUACCGGUAACCGGCGCAAGCACUUCUAUGGACCAGUGCCGAUAAGCACCGAUAAGCGCCGAUAAGCGCCGACAAGCGCCGACACGCGCUGGUCAGCGCUGGCACCGCCCUUUGAAAUUAAUGAACAACUAGGCUUCAUUCUGCUUCCUUUAUGUCCCUUCCAGCUUUCUUUGCGUAUACGGCUUUAGCGGCCACGUUUCGACUCCGUACGUUAUCACCGGCAAGACGCACUGGGCUUAUUAACUGAACGAUAACCUAGGUUCAUAUGUAACAAACGUUUGUAAACGAAACAUAAAUGAGCCGAAUACAAUAGACAAUCAGGAUACAUUAUGAAAUUGAAUGUUAUACCAGAUACAAUACAUUAUUUUACCUUACUUACCUAUACUUGACAUAUUCGUCGAUGAAUUUGUCGAUCAUUAGCAAUUUAAUUAAUGUUAGCAAUAAGGGAAUAAUCGUUAAAGAGAUAAUUUAUUCUCUGAAUUUAUUAACCUACGACCCCGCAGGUCCGUAUAAAAUACAACUGAAAAUAAAAUGCGUCUUAAUGCCUGUUACGACUCAGUCGGUGAGUGAUGUGAUCUAUUUUUAUUCUAGUUAUUUCUUUUAUGUUUUUAUUAUUCAAUACGCCUGAAAGUAUACUUGUUACAGAUGGCUGAAUUCAAUUUUUUUAUGUAAUUAACAUAAUGUUAAGUUUACCAUAAUGAAAUAUUUUAUAUUUGGUAAAAUCUAAACGCGAAUUCCCUAUUCGCUUUCAUACAUUUAUAUGUAUAUUAUUUUAUUUAUGUAUGUAUCUUAUCGGUUUCAUAUAUUUACUUUAUGGUUAGAGACAUAUUUACGUGUCGUGUCGUGUCGACGCUCUUACCUCUCUCUGUCACUCUAACCCAUAAUAAAUGUAGGAAACUGACGCCACGAUACUUUUAUAUGUUUCUGACUUUAGCAAUUGUAAUGCCACCACAAGUAGACCCGAUCCCCAGCGGGGUCGUGUUCGAGACAGAAACUCAGACGCCGGAUUUGGGGCUCGCCUCCGACGUCUCCAAGUUGAAACAGGCCGCCCAGAAAAAAUACGAGUACGUGUAUUUCAACAUAGUGUGGUUCCUGUUUCUACACACCGUAUCGCUGUAUGGACUGUACCUUGCGUUCACGUCCGCCAAAUGGCAGACAAACCUUUUUGCAUGCGCGAUGCACUUGGCAUGUGCCAUCGGCGUCGGUGCUGGAUCUCAUCGCCUCUGGACGCACAGAGGCUACAAAGCCCGCACGCCUCUUCGGAUUCUACUCAUGAUCUGGCAAACUGCGGCGUUUCAGGAUUGCAUCUUUGAAUGGGCGCGCGAUCACCGCACCCAUCACAAGUACGCAGACACAGACGCCGACCCUCACAACUCUGUCAGAGGGUUGUUUUUCUCUCACUGCGGCUGGUUGUGCUGCAAGAAGAGCCCCGAAGUCAUCGAAGGUGGGAAGAGGAUAGACGUCACGGACCUCUAUGAAGACCCUGUUGUCAUGUUCCAGAAGAAGCAUUAUAUGAAGAUGAUGCCAAUUUUAUGCUUCGUGCUGCCCACCGUCAUUCCGGUGUACUUCUGGGGUGAAACUUGGAUGAACGCGUUCUGUAUACCCACCAUCUUACGCUACACCUUCGGCAUCAAUGUAGUGUGGUCCAUCAACAGCUUCGCGCAUCACUAUGGAUUCCGACCGUAUGAUAAGUCCUUAAACCCGCGAGAUAACGUAGCCAUAUGGCUAUUCUGCUUGGAGGGCUUCCACAACUACCAUCACGCCUUUCCCUGGGACUAUCGCGCGACCGAACACUCGUUUUACAACAUGCUUACGCCCACGGUGGUCUUCAUUGACUUAAUGGCUAAGAUUGGCCAAGCUUACGACCUGAAGAGUGUGUCCCCGAAUAUUAUAAAGCAACGAGCACAUCGCACAGGAGACGGAACGCACAACCUGUGGGGAUGGGAUGACCCCGAGUUUACAGAGAAACUGAAGACACAAUACAGCAUCAUAAGUAAUGCUGAGAAAAAACUUGAAUAAAUACUUACUACCAAAUAAGACUAUAAACUUUUUAAUAGAUUUGUGUAAGACUAUAAUAGAGAUUUAAGAUUAGAAGUAAUUUUUAAAGAUUGUAUUGGUUAUACUAUAUUGGUGUCCCAAUAAUUCCAAGCUGAUGUCGGAGGAAAGAAAUAACAUUUUAUGUCUGAAACCCUGUCGUAGAAGAAAAAGCACCUUAGCACCGCCAAACUCGGUGGCUUUACCAAUGACUAAGAAAAAUAUUCAGAGCUGAUCGUUGAUCUUCACUAGUUAGAAAGGUAUUCUUAGAAGUAGUGUGAUAAAGAAAGUACUCCACUAACUCGAUUCCGUGUACUGAGAUAAUGUAAUAACCAGUUCAUAUUUAUUUGUAUUUUUUUUAAUUAUUUAUUUAUUUAGAGGCUUCCAUUCACUGAAUAUGCCAGUCUCAUCAUACCCUAACCAAGAUUUACAAAGAAAUAAUUAAUCUACAUCGGAGAGAGCGUGCUCUUCUUCCUAGCGAAAACCAGUUCAAACUAACUUAUAUAAGUAUAAUGUUUGGUUAGUUCAUUACAUCUGCAGAUUUCUAAAUCAUGUAUAUUUACACUUUUGGGAGUUGAAGGGGCUUAAUCCAGACUCAUAUGUAAAUAAAUAAAUAAUUAUUUUGAUCUACUUGUUUUAUUUUGAUUCUUAGGUACUGUAUAAUAUUUGCUGCGGUUUUCUGAUACUUAUUCCGUACCCAAAGGGUCAAAACGGAACCCUAUUACACGUCCGUCCAUUAGCGGGCUGUUAGCAAGUGGGUGCCAUGAACCGUAAUAAGUAGUUAGACAGUUGAAAUUUUUACAUAAUGUGUGUCUGUGUGUGUUCCAUUGGAUGAAAUAAAAAUUAGAUUAUUUGUUUCUUAGGUUUUCACGCACAUCACUCAUUAAAUAAAACACGUUUCAACGAAUAAGAUGUACUUAUUUUAUUUGUUCAUUGACGUUUCGCAGCCUUUUCAGGUCAGCGUCGUCAGACUAAUGAUUUUAUUUACUUUGUCGAGCUACCUUCGAAAGACUUUUUAUUGAGCGUUCGGAUAUUUCAUUGGAAGAUUUUAAAGUUUUAUUGUGUAUGCACGAAUUUAUUAUCUAAUUUAAUUAAAAAGUACUUUAUUUAAAAUUCUU